GGUCGUCUACUACUACUAAUUAAGAUAAAAUACACACGCACAAACCACACUGUCGUCGUCUCUUCACCUCCUCCGUAGCUAUCUAUCCUGGUCCUGCACUGCACACACCACUCUAGCGAGCAGUAGCUCGUACCGUCUGCAAUCUACCAGGCCAGGCAGGCCGGCAGGCGGGGUCAGGGUGCUUCAUUCUCUUCUUCUUCUCCUUCUUCUUCUUCCUCCUCUUCUUCAGAUCUCUUUUCUUCCCGCUCGUCGCUCGUCAGCUCAGGUUUUCCUGCAAUUAACCCACCCUCCCUCCCCCGGUACGGUGCCGUGUAAAACCAUCUCCAAGGCCGAUCGAUCUACCCUGCUAGUGCUUGUAAGACGACGACUGACUGACUAAUUUUACAAGUAUGCACUCCGGUUAUGAAAUCCCUCAGCACCACCAAGCAUCGGAUAAUACUUGCGCCCCGGUGUUGCUAUCCGUCAAUCAAACCCAUAUUCUCGACCAAAUCCACACCCUACCCGCAACCCAGCAGCUGUUCCUCGACCAGCACCACUUUCUGCCACCGCACCACCACCACCACUACUUGAGCGGCGGCUCCCCCUCUUCCACGGCUUAUAAUUUCCCGGUGAACUUCAAGCUUGGGCUGAAUGAAGUCUGCUCGGGAAAUGAUUUUAAAGCCGACGCUGCAAUUAAUGUUAGCAGCGCUGUUAAUGUAAAGGGGGGAGAAGGAGGAGGAGGCGGCGGAGGCGGAGGCGGAGGCGGAGGAGAUGGUUUGCUUCGUGGGAGUGAGCAAUACCAUGUCCCCGAGGAGGAGGCCCCACACUCUUCUCUGGGAAUGCUUCAUUGUUGGCAAAACCAAGAAGAUUCUGCAAUUAAACAACCGCCAGCUUUCUGGGAACCCCUCCCAUCCGAAGUAUCCAAUGAGAACAGUGAGAUAGUAGAUCGACACGAACACUUGGAGUUGAACCAGAAAGAAGCUUCGGCCCCGGUAGCAAACUGUCUGGACAGCAAGCGUCGAGUACACUUUGGCGAGCUGGAAGCCAUUUACAAACGCUUGGGUGCUGCGGCCGAGGCUAACCAAUUACCAAGCCCUCUCACCCAUGAAGUUGUUCAUCCUUUAGGCGAUCCAUUGCUGCCCGUAGCGUUGGAUCAUGGAUCUGAGGGUUCCAUUGGGGAGGAAGCCUCAGAAACCAUAGAGAAUGCAAGAAAGAAAAGAAAGAAGAAGAAAAUGAAGAAGAAGAAGAAGGAGGAGGAGGAGGAGGAGGAGGAAGUUGGUCAUAAUAAUCGUAUGAUCAAUCCGAUGAUGGACUUUUUUGGAGACCUUGUGAAGAAAGUUAUGGAUCACCAAGAGAAUCUGCAUAAGAAGUUUGCGGAGGUGAUUGAGAGAUUGGAUGAAGAAAGAAGGGCAAGAGAGGAAGCAUGGAGGAACAAGGAGUUGGCUCAUUUUGAACAAGAAGCUUCUGCGAGAGCUCGUGAAAGGGCGCUGGCACAAAGUAGGGAAGCCAUGAUUGUCUCGUGCUUGGAGAAAAUCUCAGGUCAAAACAUAAAUCUUAAUGCCGCAGGGAAUCGUCGUCCUUCCGCCGCCGCCGCAAGUAGUGCAGGCGAUGAUGAUUUUCCAAGCAGUAGGGUCGAACACGAUGAAGGUCGACUCGAGAGGGCGAGGGCCUCCAAUUGAUAUGCUGCAGAUUGAAGGUACGUACGUACGUAAGGCCUGGAAUUAAACUAGAGUUUUGAAGCGUAGCUAGCUAGCUAGCUACGAUAACAUAUGGAUGCUCCGAUCCCAUCCAUACAGAAGACUCCAAAUUAAAAGCCUCCGAUCCGUGGGGAAAUUUUCCAAAGGAUGUGCGUGUGGGUGGGGACUGCAGCCUGCGGAUGGACCCUCCCUAGCUAGCAAGAUCAAGGCAUACAUAUAGAUUAUAUAUUAUUGCUAGCUAAGCUUAAAAUGCAUAUAUACUAAUUACUGUAGUGGCGCCCAUGAGCAGAUCACAUCGCUUUGGAUUCUGGAUGUCAUCAGAUCGAUCAGAUGGGAGAGCAAGAUAGAUCUCUAUAUAUAUAGCAUGGCAUUGUUAUAUAUAAUUAUAUCAGACUGAAUUAGGGUUUAUGAGUCCAUCUGGUUUAAUUUAUCUUAUUAUUAAUUAACUAAUUAAAUGAAUAAUGAACGAGUGAGGUUUUGCUUUCUCCCAUCUUAUUUCCGGACUAGGCUGAAUAUUAGUAGCUAAUCAUUUAA